AAACAACACUAUAAGUUAUCGAUUUCCUGUUAGGUCUCAGAACAACACAAGUCAAAUUAAGUGGAGAUAGACAGUUAAAGAAGGAUAUAGUCAUUAAAAAGGUAAAAACAAUGGCAGACACAGUACAGACUUCCGAAUAUGGAGCUGGUGGUGUACCCAAAGGAGCAAAAACACACGAAUAUUACAGAGUACAAGAUAUACCUGCCCGCUUUGAUAAUCCAGAUUGGUUCCAAGGUUAUGGUGGAAAACAACAGCAUCCCAUGUACAGAACUACUUCCGCAUCAGCCUAUGGGUCCAGAGCACCAUCAGUUCAUACCUUACCAACAACUUUCCAUGGAAAAUCACAACAAUUCUCAGAAAAAUUAGGCAAAUGUGGCAUGUACAGAAAUCAUUCAUUAAACACAGCUAAAGAUCAAAGUCCUGUGUGAAACAGAAAUUUUAUGAUGGGACUUUAUAAAGACAAUAUAUGGAACGAUCGACAAUGUUGCUGAUAGAAUCAGGAGUAGUCAUUGGCAGGUUAUAUGUUAGCUGCUCAUUGAGAUUCAACAUUCUAACUACAAUUUAUGUUUUAUGUUAAUAAGUGUAUUUAUAUAAACUGUGAUGUUUUAAAGUUAACUAUACCGAAUAAAGAUAUUCAAUUAUA